AUGGCCGAUUCCCUUCCUUCCUUCGGGGUGAUUAGUGACAAUGGGGUGGACCUGGAGGACCCGUUCGUCUCCGAUACGCCAGUCGGGAACCAUUCGCAUCGAGAACCGCACCGUUAUUCCUCUUUUGAUUCCCACCUGUUUACUCUGAAUGCUUCUUCUCCCUCGCAAGUCAAGCGGGCUCUCGAAGCGCAUUUGGCAGAAACAGAUCGUCGCUUACAAGAAGCAUCGAAGCUUGGCACUGCCCUUGUCGAUCAGCAAAGGGAGCUUUCGGAGAAGUUGAAGGAGGUUGAAAGACAACAGGAAGAUGGGGAGAUUGGGCCUGAUCUUCGCCGCAAACUCAACGACUUGGAGCGGGAGUACAAUGAAAUUGGACGGGAAACGGCUCGAGUUUCCCUGGGCCCUAAGAGCAGGCUUAUGGGCCAGGAUGACGGCCUAGGCACCCCAUCAUUGGAUUCCCGUCAUCACGCAAGCCCUUCUGUGUUUUCCAGUCAAGCCACCAAUUCCCCUUCAAAAGUAUCGGUGCCUUCCCGGAAGCAGCGUAACCAACCAUCGAGUCGGGUGCACGACAUCGAAUUUGCGACGGAAAUCAGCACUUCUUUGCUCGCCCAAGUUCGGCAAUUGCAGACACUCCUAGCAGAACGAGAAGAAGCGCUGAAGGCCGCCAACCUGGAAAAAGCCCACCUUGAACUUGAAGCUGAAGGUUUCACCCAACGACUUCGAGCCCUUGAUGAAAGCGAGCAGCGGUAUAAAGAUGAAAACUGGGCUUUAGAAACCCAAACGCACGAGCUGCUUGCUGCCGCCAAAGAAGCUUCCGAUCGCGAAAGUCGUUUAACAAGUAACCUAAAUGCGCUGAAUGCUGAAAAGGCAAAUGUUCAACGGGAGCUAGACGAAAUCAAGCAGGCCCAUGGUAGGCUUACUGAAGAAAAUAUUGCUGCCCAGAAGGCUUACGACUCUGAACUGCAUAUUCUCCGACGGAACGUAAACCUUGGAGAAACUGAACGCACUGCUCUCCAUCAAAAGAUUGAAGAGUUGGCAGGUCAAAAUCAGGAACUCGUUAAAGCGGUAGCUGCAAAAUUACGCCAACAUGAAGCGGAUGCGGCGAAAAAUUCAAACAUCGCCGAGGAAAGGAAAAAUUCAGACGAUUCAACCCCUGAAAACUCGCCGCCCCCAUCUCCAAACAAACCUACCCCACGUCAUGGCCACCUAGAAUCGGAGACCUUAAAAAGCUCCUUACACCAUGCUCACCGCAUGAUUCAAACCUUGAAAGGCACCAUUCACAGAGAGAAGACCGAAAAGAUCGAACUCAAACGCAUGUUGCAAGAGGCGAGGGAUGAGAUAGAACAGCGUCGUACGGAGCCAGUGCGCCCGAUCAGUUCUCAUACCAAGCGUCAAAAGGCCAAAGCAGAAGCGUUUAAGAAGCCGCCGCGCCCCGAGAUGCUCGGAGCUGGCAGAAAAGGUAUUACGGAAAUAGAAAUUGCGGAACCAGACUGGGAAGAUGAAAACGGCGAACCAAGUCCUACUCGUUCUGUACCUCGAAGCAAUCGAGUUGUUUCAUAUGAGCGUUCUGGAGUGGAUUCCAGCACAACCAGUGAUGCUUAUCAGACCGCUAAUGAAACCGAAGCCUUUGAGACAGCAAAUGAGCGUGAAACCGCAACCGAAAGCGAGGCCUUCCAGACUGGCGCUGAGAAUUUCGUUGGAGAGAGUAGUGAUGACCUCACUGAGACUGAAUCUCGUGUCGUGCGUACGGGCACAAUUCGCAGCAAACGAUCUGACCAGUUUGGCUCCGGCAGGCCUAUUUCUUUUGUGAGCACUGCCUCGACAUCGGGGGAUGAGGACGAAUAUGUCGACGUUAGAACUCCGGUGCAAGCCCAGCCACCCCGUUAUCGACUGAAAAUGAGUCGUGCAAGGCGUGGUCGUUUGUCUCAAGAAUCACACUUGCACCAAGGAAGCGCUCCAUUGAGCCCCCGUGAUUCACCGGCAAGCCUAAAUAGUCCUCCACAGAGCCCUCAACAAAGAACUAUUUCUGGGGGGCAGAGCCUCUUCGCCGAACUCAGUGCUUUCGCGGGAAGCGACAGUGAAUUCGGCGCGCCUCUCCGUUCAAAUACAAUGUCUGAGACAUCCACUCCGAGUCGCCGCCCAAGCUUUGCAACAUUCGCAGAUUCAAGUCGACCGCUCGUAGACGCGUCAACAAGUUUUGAAACGAUAAUGUUCACUAGCUCUGCUACUCAAUGUGUGCCGGUGGAAAUCCCUGUACUAUCCAAAAGUGAACCCGUUGUCACUGUUGAUGUUUUGCCGGAAAUACGCGAUCAAUGCGAACUUAACACCGUUCAACAUGUCGAAACAUCUUCCGCUACUCUUGACGCUGUGGCACCAAUUGUGCUGGAGAUGUCGCCGAUUUAUAUUGAGCAAACUGUUCCUAUCUCAAUGCCGGAGAAACCUCAUCUCCCGCCUAUUCAAAUGGAUGUUUCCGUCAUUGCGUUUGAGAAUACCCCCCCUUCGCUUCCGAGUGUGACCCCUUCAAAACCUUCGUUGGAAUUGGUUAUAUCCACAGUUCAGUCAACCUCUACAACCCCGCUCACAAUUCCUAUAACUGCCCCUGAACCACAACAAAGUCAAGCCCUUGAAAUUUCGUCAAUUUCAGCAGCCGGAACGCAGCCCGAGUUACCUAUUGUCUCAAUGCCCUCUGCUCAGCUUGGGCUAUCUGAUAUCCAGUAUGUUGCAUCAGAGCCCAUGAAGAUGACCGCCAGCCCAGGCCCACCAAGCGAAGUUUUUUUAAGCCAAAAUGAUGUUGAAGUUCCACCCUCUGGGCCUUCUCUAGUGGACCGCAGCACCCAAUAUCAGAGCUCAACUUCGGAUCAGGGAGUGAACACCUCUCUACCACCCGAAACAGAGAAAGCUACUCAAACAUCUGCGGUUGAAUUGCCGAAAGCAGAGACAUUGGUUUCCCGUGUUUCCAUCAACACCACUGAAAUCUCCGCUCAAACUAUUCUGACAGGCGUCCAAAUUGAUAAACUGCUAAUGGAGCGCCAUGCCAGUCGCCCGGUGACUGCUAUCGAAAGUAAGCAGCCACAGGGACUUAUACCAAGCCCGCAAAACUCGCCUUUGGCUACUCCAAAAGCGAAACCACUUUCUUCCGGCCAGGCCGGUUUGCUCCUAAAUCCGAAUAAUCCCCCGAUCAAACGACCAGGGAGCGCUGGGAGUCAAAGAUUUAAUGGUCUGUCUCAUCCACCCCUCCCUGCGGAUCAUAAGCAAGCAAUCGCUGCGGCAUCGCAGAAGCUACCGUCAGAACUUUCCCCUGGCACAAUGGGACCACCAAUUGCCCCGGCUUCAUCAUAUCGCGGUUCUGGCCAAAUCCGACCGCGCACGCCCAAUGAACAACCUGGCCGUGGCUCGAUCCGAAAUUUGACAACCCCGCAGACGAAAUUCAAGCGUACAAGCACAAGCAUAACAUCUCGCCGGUCUUCUAUGUCAUCUUUUGCUUCAGAGCUGGAUGAGAGGUUUAAUCUAGCCAGAGCGGCCUAUCCUUUCGAAUCUGGUGCUGAUCCUCGUAUGAUUCAAGCAAUUACUCAAACUAUGAUCGGAGAAUUUUUGUGGAAGUAUACUCGCAAACCCGGAAGGUCCGACAUGUCAAAUACCCGACACCGCCGAUACUUCUGGGUCCAUCCGUACACUCGGACAUUGUAUUGGAGCACCCAUGAUCCCCAAGUCAUUGGGAAGACGCAACACAAAGCAAAGAGCGUCCCUAUCGAAGCUGUCCGCGUUGUUAAUGAUGACAACCCGUACCCCCCCGGACUUCAUCGAAAAAGUUUGGAAAUCAUUACACCGGGUCGAACUGUUAAAUUUACCGCUGCAACUGGCCAACGCCACGAAACAUGGUUUAAUGCGCUCUCAUAUUUGCUCCUGCGAAUGGCAGACGACGAGACUGAGGAUCCACAUUCCGCGUGGGAAGUCGGCAACGAAUUCAAUCCAGCAAACGGACGAACUUCUCGGCAGGCAGAGUCACGCAGAUCAAUUUCUUCUCAUAAUAGUCGUGCUACUCGUACGGUGUCAAAACACUUUGUCGAGACGGCGCCUACCCUGCGCCGACCAGUAACUCCGAAUCAGCGGCCUCCGUCAGCUUCCAGCCGUCCUGGAUCAUCUUUGAGACCCGACCAAACUAGACCGGGUUCUGUGACCCGCAUCAGCAAUGUUUUUAGGUCGUCAGGGUUCAAAUCUACUUUCUCAAGCCGUAGAAGCAGGUACGGCACUACCAAUGGGAGCAUAGACAGCACCAGUGCUGCUAGCAAUGACAGCGCCGAAGAUUUGAGGCGUGUACUUGAGCGACAAGACCGAGAGGCUGAUCGCCUGGAGAACGUACGCGCUUGUUGUGACGGGAAACAUGACGUUAGUUCCUUGUCACGAACAAGCAGAUAUAGCUCCAGGGUCAGCCCCCUAUCUCAUGUCCACAGCUGA